AUGCAAAAGCUGAACUAAAUCAAUACUCCGCAAUAAAAGUAAACUGUGAAGCUAGAAUCUGGCAAGAAUCUUCACAUAUAGAUAGUCAAAGGCAAAGCUCUUAAUGAUUCUGAUGUUGAUGAUCAUGGGCUAGAUGAAUUUGAUGACAAACUUGGUUCAGAUCAUGAGAAAAACUUCUCUUAAACUCCUUAAUCUCGAACAGGGAACCCUAGCGUAAGACCAAGCAUUCAGACCAUGAGUCUUAAAUACACUUCAACACAAUCUAAAGUACCUUUUCUCUAUAAUGUAUCUAUUUAGGCCUAGAUAAGUAGUGAGUCUUAACAGCAGCACAGUACAUUCUCGAAUCAUAAUAUGAGUCACGGAUUAGCUCCUAAGAUAUUUUCUGGAGCUGGUAAUAGAAUAAGUCCUACCAGGAACUAGAAUGCGUCGUUACAUCUUGAUAAGAAAGAACUAGAUAAGAGAGACUAGCAAAUGUAGCCAUCAUAAGUCACACUGACUUAAACCAAUGAUUUAAGCAGGAGAGCACAAGUAUCAGCUAAUGGAAAUAAAUAUGAUAGUAAUACAGCCCUAGAUAAAAAGAUAAAGUUACCAACUCAUAAUCAUCUAUUUGUUGGAAGAAAUGAUAACUAUGGCAAAUCUGUUCAGAAUAGCCCCUAUAUCAAUCAAUCUAAAAAGCUUCAUUAAACGCAGCACAUAGUGAACCAAGAGAAAACAGUACAUCCCAGAGUAAAUGGCUUACUUCAAUCCAAAUCCAGCUAUGAUGUGCCUCAAAAAAAUAAAUCAAACAGUACAGCCAAAAAGAAUGGAAGAUUAUUUAACAAGACUGAUAUGAUCAAUGAUUCAACCAUUAGCGGUAUUAAUGGCGGAGGAAGUGAGAAUAAAGUACUGAAAAUAGUAAGAGCUAGACUUGAGAGAGACUAGUUUCUAUUGCAAAGUCCAACUUACAUAAGCAAUCUAGACAGGUCUAACAAAACUAUCUCCUAUAACCCCACCAAUGAGACUUAGAGAGAAACUUCCCCAGAGUUAGUACAUAAUAGCAAGUCUCUUAAGGUCUAUAAAGAUGGAAAAGUAAUUUCUUACGGAGCUGGUCCAAGUUUGCUUACUCAAAAGGGUAAUCGUCUAAUGGAGGACAAGACUAUUCAUAACAUCAACAACCAUUACUACGAUGUCAAAAAAAGAUUAAACGUUCAUGUAGUUAACAACAGCAGUUAAGGAGCAGGUAGGCAAGCAUCUUAAAGUAACAAUGAUCUAGAUCCUUUUGUGAAGAGGCAAAUAAUAGAUGAACAGAGAAGAAAGCAAUAGUAGCAGCAGUAAAUUCAGCUUAAGGCUGAAAGGGAUGAAUAGUUGAUUUAGGAGUAGAUAUUGAAAAAGCAAUAGAGAUAAGGAGGCUCGCUUUCAGAUAGAGUGUAGGCAUAGACAUUUGAUCAGUUUUAUUAGAACUAGUUGCAGUUUAAAAGCAAGGUAGAGAGUUCAAUAGAAAAUAAGCGUAGAGAGGAAGCAAUGAAGACUGAUAUAAUGGGCAAAAAAGCCUGUCCAAAGCCAUGCAAAGGUUCUGAGAGAAUCAUUUAAAAGUAUAAGAAAAAGAUAUUGGAGACCGAUAACCCGAGAGAUGAAAGCAGUUCUAUCAAUAGGGACAAUACUGAACAGGUUUAUGACAGACUUUACAAUAACUAGUCUUUAAUUCCAGGCAUCUAAAAUAAGAAAAAUUUCAGACCUGAGAGGUACGGGGUGAAUUCUGAAAUAGAGCGAAAAGUAUCAAAAGAUCAUCAAGAAAAAUACAUGGAAAAACUUAUGUAGGCCGGCAAUGAUAGAGAAGGAAGUGCUAUAAGAAAGCAUAGCGACUGGUUAAUAAAAUCUAGUCAGAUGGAUCUAGCUACUAGUAAAACUCACACUGAUAAGAUUAUGUUUGAUAAGUUGAGAAAGGAUUUCACUAAGAUUUGUAAUUUAGAGAUUUACUACGCUGCUCUUUGUUAUGCAAGCAAGAGAUAAGAGACUAAUACAAAUGAAAUGAUAGCUUCAAUUACUGAGAAAUUGUCAAAGGCUUAGUAGUAAUCGAUAACCACAACUACCACUACUACUACUACCACAACUCAGUCUGUUGCUUAAGUAUCUAUAAAAAAUAGCAAGGUCGUUCAGACAAAGCCAUCCAAUAAGUCUUCCACAAAAUCUGUGGUCACAUCCACAUUCUCUAAAAGCGUUAUUAUAAAGGAGGACUACUUGCGAAAUAGUUUACUUAGAGGAACACCUAUCAGGUAUUCAAAUUAUGUUGCAGCUCUGCACUAGUUAGGCUAUCUCUCAGAUCCAAGAAAGAUCACUACUGCAGAGGAGAUUUAAUUGCAAGAAAUCUGGAAAAUUUUAGGAGGAGUUAAAUCUAAAGACCGCACUAUAAAAGCUGAAAACCUGUUUAUUUUCCUAGCUGCUCUCUUGAACAUCAGAUUGGCAGUAAUGAUACAGAGACAUGAUGAGGAAAAGUUGCCAGACAAACACAGGUUCGAGGGUUACCUUUGCUUUGACGAAUUUGAAAACGCCCACUUUAUUUGCCCAGAUGACAUUACCAAAGUUUAUAAAAAAUUCAAGCAGCUAGCUCUGAACAGACUUAAUAGAAAGAGAGAUGAGUCUUCAAAAAGAGUAGAAGUCUAUCAAGAUAAACCCUAGUUUGCAAUUUCAGAUAAUAGUAAGGCUUAUCUAGAGUUACUAAAGAAGAGAAGUGUUUCAAUUGCAAGUGCGAGAGUUUAGAUUAAAAAGACUUUGGCAUACGAUAUUAUAGAAGAAAAUCCGACAUUAUAUCCCAAAUAAGCAAGUUAUCCCAAUAAUCAAUAGAGAUCAUCUAGAAAUCAAAGUCCCUCCAGUAAUUUGAACAGAGUGUUCUCAUAAUAAGACCUCAAAGAUCACUCUAGAAGCUAUGGGAAUCCAAAGAUUGCAGGUAAGGAUGAGUAUGAGACUCCAAACAAGACUCCUCUCUUUGGAAAUAAAGCCAGAAUGCAGCAAAACUCUAAAAAGAUUGAGAAUAGUUAUGAGUAGAUUAAAAAGUAAUCCUUGCUUGAUUCUAAAAACAGAAAUAAUAGUAAGUAUGUAUAGAAAAAGCUCUCAGAAGCAGAGAUUUAAGAGCUUAUCAAUCAGAAAUUCAAUAACGAAAAAAAGGGAGAGCUGAAUCAGAAUACUUCAAUGGAUGAAGACAAGGCUGAAUCUGUGUUUAGUGGAGCCAGCCGAUUAAAGAGAUCUCCUAUAAAACAAUAUGAAAGUAUCAUAGGCCCAGAAGUCUAGAAAAGAGGCCAAAUAUAAAAAGUUGAACCAGUUCAAGAUGACCCUCAGAUGAUGUCCUCAAUAAUGGAUGAUAACUCGAGAUUAGAAUUCUCUCAGCAGGACUUCAUUAAUGCUCAUGACUUGGUCGGACAUAACAGAGUCCAGAGCCAAUUAGAAACCAAUCAAGAGAACAAGCUCAACAAUCAUAACAACUACACUUAUGAUUAAUCUCAAGAUCCUGAGGGUGAGCAUCAGGCCAACGAUGAGGAAAUGGAGGAAGAAUACGAUAUGGACAUUGAACUGAAUGUCAUAGAUGUAGAUACUUCCGAGCUAUAUGAUAGAGAAUCACUGCAGAGUCACGGGUCUAUUCACUCAAAUUAUAAGCAAUUUGCUUUAUAAAAAGUGUAGCACUUGAAGGUGUACUCUUUCAAAUUUGGUGAGGACGAGCCUCAAAGACUUAUAAUCUACGAAGAUGAUGAUCCCCAGAAAUUAGCACUAAGAUUUGCUUAGAAAUGCGGGUAGGGAGAUGAAGUCAGAGCCACAAUUGAGGGCAUCAUUGAAAAUGACAUAAUGGGUGGAGAUGACCAGCAAUGA